AUGAUUUAUCGUAAUAGCUGUUCUGUGUUUUCCUCACUCUUCUUGUUGGCUGUCGUGGGCCUGAGUAAAGCCCAGGUGAAUCGAAAUGAAUUAUUUCCUUUAUCUAUAAUUCACAUCAAUGAUUUUCAUGCAAGAUUUGAACCUACCGAUACGACUGGCGGUAAUUGUGAUGCCGAUGAGAUUUGUAUUGGUGGCUAUGCUCGCACAGUGUUUACGGUGAAAAAGCUACUUGAGGAGCAAAAGGAAAAUAAUGCUGUGUACUUUAAUGCCGGUGAUAGUUUCCAGGGUACUUUGUGGUAUAAUAUUGGUCGCUGGAAUGUUACCAGUCAAUUUUUGAAUAUGUUGCCAGCUGAUGCUAUGACUUUGGGUAAUCAUGAAUUCGAUCAUGGUGUUGAGGGUGUGGUGCCAUUUAUUCAAUCCUUAGAAAGUCCCAUGUUGGUGGCCAAUAUGGAUGCCACCAAUGAACCUUCAUUGCAGGGAACCUAUCAAAACUCUACGAUUAUUGUGAGAAAUGGUCGGAAAAUUGGUGUUAUUGGUGUGAUUUUGGAAACAACCUAUGAUCUUGCCAACACCGGUAAUUUGAUAUUCCGCAAUGAAAGUGACACCAUAGUUGAGGAGGCCCAAAAACUAAAGGCCGAGGGGGCGAACAUUAUUAUUGUCAUCUCUCACUGCGGUUAUGAUGUGGAUAAAUUGAUUGCCGAAAAUGCCGGUUCGGAGGUUGAUGUGAUUGUCGGUUCUCAUUCUCACACGUUUUUGUAUACUGGUGACACACCUCCGGGUCCUGACAAGCCACGUGGUGAUUAUCCCACACAAGUUACCCAUGCUUCCGGUCAUCGUGUUUUAAUUGUCCAGGCCGGAGCCUACGCCAAAUAUGUUGGUAAUUUGACAGUGUUCUUUGACAACAAUGGUGAUAUUGUGGACUUUGAAGGGGCGCCACUUUAUAUGGGACCUGAUGUACCUGAAGAUCCCGAGGUUGUUGAAGCCAUGAAACCCUGGCGGGAAAUUGUUGAUGCCCAAGGAAAGGUUGUCGUUGGAGAAACCGUGGUGGACCUUCUGAAAGCUCCUUGCAGUUAUCAGGAAUGUAACCUGGGUAACUAUUUCACAGAUGCCAUGGUUCAUGCGUUUUUGAAUUUGGCACCCUAUGAAAAACCAGAGUGGACAACCGUACCCAUUGGUUUGGUCAAUACUGGAGCCUUGAGAGUUCCUCUCUACAAAGGAAACCUCACCUACUCCCACAUUGUUACAAUGUCACCAUUUGAAAACAUCUUAACAGCCUUCGAUUUGCCUGGGGAUAAACUUUUGGAAGCCCUGGAAUUUGCUGUUAGUAACAUUGAUUACGACAAUGGUGUUACCAGUUCCCACAUUUUCCUACAAGCUUCGGGUCUGAAGAUUACCUAUGACUUCAAGAAACCUGUAAAUCAACGUGUUGUCAAUUUAAAAGUUCGUUGUUCCUCUUGUUCGGUGCCGAAGUAUGAACCAUUUAAUGCCACGGCCACAUAUCGUAUUGUGGCGCCCAAUUUCUUACAGGAUGGUGGUGAUGGUUUCCAUAUGUUCCGUGACUAUGGUACCAAUGUCCAACCCUACAUCACCGAUUUGGAUGCCUUGUUGGGUUACACAGAAAAUGUCACACCCAUUUACAGCGGCAUUGAAGGUCGCAUUAAGGUUGUGUAA